AUGUAUAAAAUCAUACCGUUUCUCUUUUCGCCGCUACUUGCUUCUGCCUGGACACCUGCAUCGACUGAGGGCUCGGACUAUCUCGCUGCCGAAAGCCUCGAGAUCCUUACCAAUGUCGUGAACAAUGGGUCGCUGGCCGAGCAUCUCGUCACCCUAGGAGUCUCGCAAACCUGCAAUAUCAGCAAAGCCGUGGUUCGCCGUGAGUAUUCGAAUCUCUCCGACGAUGAGAAGCUCGAGUACACCGCAGCUGUACAAUGCCUCAUGAGCUUGCCGGCCAAAGUAUCUCCGCAUCUGGUUCCCGGCGCAAAAUCACGCUACGAUGACUUCGUAGCCACCCAUAUCAACCAAACAGACUUCAUACACCAGAACGGGCCGUUCCUGUUCUGGCACCGACUGUUCAUGUGGACCUUUGAACAAACUCUUCGCGACGAAUGCGGCUAUACUGGUUAUCUGCCUUACUGGAACUAUGGAAAGUCGGCCGAGGAUAUUCUCAACUCCCCUUACUUCGAUGGCAGCGAGACCUCCCAGGGCGGUAAUGGCGUUUACCAGGAACACAAUGACACCGUUAUAACCCCCCUCGUGACGAUCCCAUCAGAGACUGGCGGCGGCUGCAUUACCGGUCCCUACGCGAACAACAUGGCCAAUAUUUCCGCCACUGAGCCUUUCUUCUCCGGUGUGAAAACUGGCGAGCUUUUCGCUUAUGAACCGAGGUGUAUUAGGCGCGAUAUCAGCACCAAUCUGGCCCAAAGUUGGGCCACUGAUAACUAUACUGUAGAUCAGCUUACCAACCCAGACUUUCAAACUGACUUUGGAGCUUUCCAGAAUCAGCUCGAUAACGUGGGUAGCAAUACCAACGGCCGGUGGCCCCUCCACCUAUAUGGUCACUACGCCAUGAACGGCGACCCCGGCGGUGAUUUCUAUAAUUCCCCCAACGAGCCAAUGUUCUGGCUUAACCACGCGAAUAUUGACCGCCUCUGGUGGAUUUGGCAGAAUCAAAAGCCGAUCGACCGCGCUUUCAUGAUCAAUGGAACUAUGACGACGGGCAAUGAACCCCCGAGUGCCGAUGCCACAAUGGAGGACAUUAUAGACAUGGGUGACUAUGUUGGUGGCAGCAGUGCUAUUAAGCAUCAUGUCAGCACUGUGGCAGGCCAGUACUGCUAUAUUUACUUGUGA